AUGGACAUUUACUGUUCGCCGGUCCACCCCAUGGACCCCAAUUCCAUGUACAGCGACAGUAACGGUCCCACGGGUGUACCAGAUGAACCAGUCCACGCCAGCGAACUUCAAACCGAGGAUCAGCUGACCGAGUUGGGACAACAAGAUGGCUGUAUGAAGACACAACAAUGGUUCCAACAGAACUACUACUUUGAUAGUGGGUUUCAAUCGAUGGAGAAUAGCAAGGUAAUAGCAUAGUUGUACUGGUAUUCUAUUUUGAAGGUUUUGGUGUAGUUAGUUUUGGCAGAAAACAAUUUUUUUGAAAUUUUAGGCAACAAAAUUUAAAGUUUUUAGAGUUUUUUGAAUGUUUUAUGGACUAAAGUUAGUUUUUAUAUGUUGUUUUACAGUAAUAUUGACUGUUUUUUGGUCUUCUUAAGGCCUAUUGUUAACUAUGGUAUUUAAAAAGAACUUUGCAAUCAAAAUAUUCAUUAUUAUGUUCAGCCUAUCAUGGUUAAUAUCAUUUUUUAAAUAUUAUAAACCUUUUUUUGGCUGAUAAACUUUACUUUCAAAUUUCAGCCAGCUUCGAUAAUGUCGAUGAACGUACCGCCAACCAUGAAAUGUCCUCAAAGGCCGAUCACAAGUCCGGAAUGUCAAGUGGCGGCUUGUGACUCGACUCCAAUGGAGCCGACUCCCUCAACUCAAAUACCCGCAAAUGAUUCGGAGAAUGCCCGCAGGGUUUUACCGGAGCUGAUACCGCUACUGGAUGAUUGUGAUGAGGUGGGUGUGGGGAGGAAAUGGCAAAAAAUUGUUGGGGGUGAUAAGAAAUAGUGAAUUUUCGGGGUGGGGUAUGCGUUUUGUUUAAAAUGAGGCAGGUGAGAGUGGUUAGGGUAGGGUACGGUAUAAUAGGUAGGAUAGAGUAGGGUAGGGUAGGGUAGGGUAAGGUGGAGUAGAGUAGAGUAGAGUAGCGUCUGGUAAUUUAGAGCAGGGUAGGGCAAAGUAAACUAAGGUAGUAUAGCUUAUCGUAUCGAGAAGAAGAGAUGGUAUAGUUGAAUAAAAUACGAGUUAUGCUAUAUAUGUCGCUGUUUCUUGAACUACUAUAAUUUACAGGAAGUAGCAUGUCGAGCCUUGGAAAUGGUGGCACAUAUUGCCAAAUUGGACGCUCAACAACAUUAUUCCGAACCGGUUAUCAAUGACCAACGAGUUGUGACAGCGUUGACGAGGGUAUUGAGGACUAGGUUUGAAGAUAAGGUGCGUUUUUCAGAUUUAAAUUUUUUUUUACUUUACAAACAUGCGUCAAGUUUCGUAUUUUACUAAAGAAUCAAUUUUUUAACAAAAAAGUCAAAUUUUAAAAAUUUUAAAGAAAAAUUGAAUUAUUGAUAGAUUUUUUUACUAUCAUUUAUGAAACACUAGUGUUGCAGACGUAUUUUACAACUUUAUUUCAUAAAAGCCCAAAAAGUUGUCCUGGAGGUAUGGGGAAUUGAACCCUAGCCCUCUCGCAUGCUAAGCGAGAGCUCUACCCUUGAGCUAUACCCUCACAUCUGUCGUUCUUUAUCUAUCGCUUUGGAAAUGUUUUUGAUAGUAAUAUAUAGAGCCUAUAGGAGUAGUAAAAUGUAUUUUACUUUUUUGUUUUAAUAAGAAAUGGCAUUUUUGCAUAGAAAAAAAGGUUAAAACGGCUGCACUGUGCAGUUUUUAAAUAUUUUUUUAUUUUUUGCACUGUGCAGAACAAAAAUUAUCUCUUUCUGAAACUUAAAAGUACUAUUCGUCUUAUUGAUUGAAAGUUAGUGGCUUAGAAACUUGGUACACGUGGUACUAUAUAAUAGUACUGUUAGUAUAAAAAAAGCUUUUGUAAAGAAAUUUUUUGACAGUUCUUUUUUUUGUAAAGAAUGUUCUUGCUAUUUUUUGCUUUUUAAUGAAAUUUCUUGCCAUUUUUUGUUUUUGAAAAAAAGUUCUUGUCUUUCAUUGCUUUGUAAAGAAAGUUUUUGCCAUUUAUUGCUUUGUAAAGAAAGUUUUUGCCAUUAUUUGUUUUGUAAAGGAAGUUUACUUUUUUUUGUCUACAACAAUAUAAAGGAAAGCCCAAAAUUAUUAUUUUUGUUUUAGAAAGCCAUCAGAGUGACCUUAUGCACCUUAUUCCACAUUUCAAACCGAGAACAUGGCAUGGAUUUGAUCCUGAACACAGUCGAGAAAAACUCAUUAAAUCAUUUUCUGGCCGACCUGAUAAGAUGUAUUCAAGUGGAAGAAAAUGCCUGUUUUAAGUAUGCCCUUCUGAUCCUACACAACCUGAUGACCGACAAAACAGUCGGUCGAAGAGUGGUCGAUUUUGCACGAACUCAAAAAGCCAUGGCAGUGAUUGUGGAUUGGCUAGCGGACCGGAAUGAAAAGUUGUUGGCUAUUACUGUGGACAUUCUGCAGCUACUUUGUGAUCGAAAUUCGGAUCAAAAGGUAGGGGGCUGGUUGAAAAGGAUAGGGUACGGUAAGGCAGGGUAGAGCAUUAUAAAGCAGGAUAAGGUAGAGUAGGUUAGAGUAGAGUAGAGUUAGAGUGGAUAGGAUAGGGUAGCCUAAAGUACAGGUAUUUCAAUAUAAUGUAGAUUAUGGCAAGCUAAGGCAUGGUAGGAUAAAUGAAAUCAGGUGCUUUUGUAGGGUAGGGUAAUGUAAAGCAGGGUAGAGUAGGAUAUGGUUGUGUUGGGUUGAGUUACUAUAAGGUAAUGUAUGGGGUACGGUGGAGUAUGGUGGAGUAGGGUAGAGUAGGGUAGGGCAGGGUAGGGUAGGGUAUGGUAGGGUAGGGUAUAGUAGGGUAUGGCAGAGUAUUGUAGGGUACGAUAUGGUACAGUAAGGUAAGACAGGGUAAGGGAGGGUAGAAUAGUGUAGGGUAUGAUAGGGUAAAGUACAAUAGGUUAGAGGUACUGUACUCUGAGGGCCAUUAUACAGUAGGGAAAAGGUAAGAGAAUUUUAUUUAAAAAAUAUCUUAAUUAAAAACUAGUGAAAUAUGACAUUUUAGACGCUAUUUGUAAACCUAAACGGACCAAGUCACUUGUGUAAUAUACUCUCAUGGGCAAGAUACGAAAACUUAUUGUGGAGAACAGUGCGGCUAAUGAAAUCGAUCUCAAUUCAGGUAAGAGCUUACAUUCUUUAAUUUUAAAGUUAUGUGUGAACGAAACGUAUUUUACAUUUUUUGUGUUGUUUUUGAUUAUUAUGUGAUCACCUCGUUCUAACUAGGAAAUAGACCGUCUUGCCAAAUCUUUAGCAAAUACAAUAUGUCAUAACAAGAUAUACGAUCCGAUCUAUCGCCCAGUUUUUCUCCGGUUAUUUGCCAAGGAUAAUAUGUCAAUAACCAAGGAGAAAACGAGGUAAAAGUAGUCGUAUUAUGACAUUGCAACAUGGUAUUAUAGUUUUACAGAAUAUAACAAUGCAGGUGUGUAGAAAAUAUUAUAGCUGAAUAAUUCUCUCAUGUUUCUUUCAGUAAGUAUAUCAAAUAUGUUAUAGUAAAUAUGUUGUGGUAUAGUAGAGAUUAAUAUAAAGAGUACGGUAGAAAAUAAUAUCUUGCAAAUACUAUAUGCUAGUAGAAAAUGGCAAUGUUAUAGUAGUAAAUAAAUAUCUGGCCACUUUAGUCAUCAGAAAGUCACUUCUCGGUGAUUUACAUUAUUGUACUAGAAUCGACCAGAUCAUUGACUUUCUAACGAUCAUACUUUGUCUUCAAUGUAUAAUUUAACUGAUAGGUAGAAGUAAUAAUACAGUAGGAAACAUGUUAUUAAUAGAUAAACUUUUAAGCCAAUUCAGCCAUGACAAAGUCAUUCCUCGGUGAUUUGCACUAUUACAUUUCAAUCUACUGAGACAUGACUUUGUAGUGACUGUAUUGGCCUAAUCUAUUACCUAUUAGUUUCACCGUAUAAAUAGUAUAUUGGCCUAAGCAUAGCUAUAUUAUUAUGGUGGUAAUAGUAAAUUAGAGCGUAGUAACAAAAUAUUAUACAUCACAAUCACCAACCGGAUACAAGCUCCUCUUUUGCCUUGUUCUUCCCCGGUUAUUAGUAGCAUCAAAGUUGACAAUAACCUAGAGAGAACAAGGGAAAAGCUGAGAAGACCACGUUGGUUGGUACGGUUUAAUAGAAUUUGUGUAUAACUGUACUAUAGAAUACUUGUUUUUAUUAUUAUGAAAGAAAAUAUAGAGUAAAGUUAAUAAAUAUUAUAGUAGGUAGUUAUAAAAGAAUAGAUAUUGUAGUAGAUGGCUAUAAUUGAUUUGGUAUUACAGUAGAUAUUAUGAAUGUAGAUUGAAAAAAUCAAUUUUAUAGUAUUUUUGGCUAGUCUAGCCAUUACAAACUGAUUUCCCGGUGAUUUGCUAUAUUAUACUUCAACCUACUGAGCAAUGAGUUUGUAUUGGCCAUAAAGUUUACUGAAAGAUCAUUACACGAAAAACAUUUAGACAAUAAUAAUAGGUUGUUCACAUAAUUCUGUGCCCCUAACUCCGCAAAUUUGCUUUGAGAGGAGGCACAGAACAGCUCGAUUCAAAAUGAAGUGGACUAAAGAAAAAUAGGCUUAGUUUAGCUAUCAUUGUAACAACAUACAACACAGCCGUUGCCCAAUAAAUUCCCGGUUAUUUGCCAAAACUAACUCAAUAUAUCGGUAAUUUAUAAGGUAAUGGACAUGUUGACGAUUUUGUUAAUUAGUAACUUUAAUUUAGUCAUUGAAAGUCAUGUAAUAGCAGGUAACAAUUGAAGAUAUCAUAAAAUAUAAUAAUCUAUACAUCUAGCUAAUUGUGACAUGAGAAAGUCAUUCCCCGGUGAUUUGCAGUAAAAAGGAUCAAUCUACUGAGGCAUGACAUUCUAACAGGUUAUAUAGCCUUAUCUACAGUAUAGGAAACAUGAUGACAGUUAGCGUAAAAGUAGUUAUAGUUGUAAUAGUACAAUAGAAAUGCUACAAAUGUUUCAAUUAGUAGUAGUAAAAUUGAAAUUACUGACAAUCCAAGCCAUUAGAAAGUUACUCCCCGGUGAUUUGCAUUAAAAUUGUGUCAAUCAACCAAAAGAUGACCUUCUAAAGGACUAAAAGGCUUUUAGGCCGGUCUGACGCUAUAGUUAGGGUUGGACUUAAGGCCAUUUUGGAACUACUGGAAAAUUUUUGUGUAGUGUAGAACGUAGAAGAUAUUUGAAUAAUAGGAAAGAAAUAAAUAAAAAAUUGUAGAAAAUAUGUUAUCAGUAGAUAAAUUUUUAAGCCAGUCCAGCCAUGACAAAGUCAUUCCCCGGUGAUUUGCAAUAGAAAAAUUUCAAUCUACUGAGACAUGGCUUUGUAAUGACUUUACUGGCUAAAAUACAGUAUGGAUAGUGAUAUAGUAGUGACUGAUCAAUAACAUAUGCAUAUUGAUCUAGUAGGUAAUGAAUAAUUUUUAUAAUAGAAAGCUACAAAAAUCUUAUAGUAGAAAGAUUUUUAAAUCUUGUUGUUGUACGAUAUUGACUAGUCCAGACAUUAUAAUGAAGGUAUGUUAAGAUAAGAAUAGUUCAGUUUAUGGCCAAUCCAGCCAUGACAAAGUCAUUCCUCGGUGAUUUGCAAUAUUAUACUUCAACCGACUGAGACAUGACUUUGUAAUGACUGUAUUGAUCAUUUGGUGGUAAAAUACGUAGUUGUCAUGACAUAAGCAUUAAGUAAAAGCAGUAGAUUAUGGAGUUUUCAAGGUGGUAAAGGUCAAGAUUAACAUUGAGAGGAGGGAUAAGAGGUUACAUAGCUUGAAACUAAAGUUUUUCAAUAAAUGCGCUUAGAAGUUUUUGGUGGUUCUUUAAGGAUUCAAUAGCAUAACAUUUAGGACAUAUUAAAAACAUAUAAAAAAGAUUUAAUUCUAGUACAUAUGGUAGUAAAAUGACAUUGAAAUAGAUAUCUAGAGGAGCUGAAACAAAGAUUUCUCAACUUAAAAACGUAGAGGUUUAGAUUAACCUAAAAGUUUAUAAUUUUCAACAGAGGCAGUAUCAAUAACAAUAUAAUCAAAAGACGAGAAGACAGCUAAAACAAUGUUCGACUGCUUGUCACAACACCAUUUUGAACACGACUGAUCUAAAUCAAUGUAAAUCUACAUUUUCCAAGACCCACGCGAAACAACAGCAAAAAGUUGGGCGGAGACACCAAAGACUCUUCUAAUUUUUAUAUGUUGGCGUUUGCCUUUCUUAUAAAAUACCCAGGUGUAACAUAACAAAAAGGCUCGUCUUGACCCCUACGUAUGGCUUAUAAUACCUCGUUGCGAUAUAAAAAUUUAAAUCGUCGCUAAACAAUAAAAAAGACGCUGUUGUUUCGUCUAGUGACAUAACAUGACGACAGAGAUGGGGUAUUUUACUUUGAGGAAUCUUUUGAAUUUGGCAUUGAUUUGGGUCUGUUAAGUGGAUUUGAAAGAUUUUUAUCAAGGCAACUUCAACGAUAGAGAUGUUAUAUUAAUGUAGCUUUAAUGAUAACAGAGGUACAUUAAUGUAACUUCAAAAAUAGAAAAGUUAGAUUAAUUUAGUCUCAAUGAUAGCAAAGUUACAUUAACGUUGCCAAAAUGAAAUCAAAUUUAUAUUGAUGUAGAUUUAUUUAUAGCAAAGUUAUGUUAAUGUAGCCUCACAAGAUGUGAAAGAGCGUGAAAAGUUAUGUAGAAAUGAAAAUUUUUAGUUGCCCAAUUUCAUAUACUAAAAAGUUACAGUAAUUCAAAGUUUACUACUCUCCAUUAUUUCAAAGGAUCCCCCUGUGGAUUUUUUUGGAAAAAACGUUUAAAAAAAUUUUUCCGUGUUUUGUUCCGAAAUUUUAAUAUAAACUUUUUAAGGGUCUUUAAUAUGCUUUUUGAUUAAAAAAUUUUUGUCGGAUUUGAACCCUCACCCUUUAGAAUAUAAGGCGAGGUUUCAACCUACUGGGCUACCACAAAACACUGUAGUUUGCUUCUUUUUCGGCGGUUUCUUGCAGUGUUCGCUAAUAAGAAAUCGUAUAGAAAACUUUAUAUUACUGUAACUUCUUAGUAUAUGAAAUUGGACAGCUAAAAAUUUUCAUUUCUACUUAACUUUUCACGCUCUUUCACAUGAUAUAGGUCCCAGUUCUAGGUCCGAUACCAUCUUAUUUGCCUUUCCCUUGUCAAUCAUAAACAAAUUUACAGUAAUGUAGCUUCAAUGAUACAGAAUUAAAAGUAAUUUGGUCUCAAUGAAAGCUAAGUAAUGUUAAUGUAGCUUUAAUGAUAGCAAAGUUACAGCAAUGUAACUUCAAUAAUUGCAAAGUUACAUUAAUUUAGCCUCAAAGGUAGCAAACACAAUUAAUGUAAAUUCAAUAAUAGCAAAAAUACACUUUUUACUAUGCACACUUUCCUUCAGAACCCAAAACGUCUGGUCACGUCGGGAGCCUUUGAUGUUCUACCAAUGAGUCUGGACUAUCCAUCCCAACGUAUCAUCACCGAGUCCUUGGUCUGUGUCCGAGACCUCAGCGAUGUCUCAACCGAUCGUCUCGAUAUUUCACCAUUACUAGCCAAACUAGUCCAGCUGUUAGUCGUUAAUGAUGCCCGAAUUCGACAACUUUGUGUUCAAGCGUUGGCCAAUUUGUCGGCCAAUAACCGGUCGAACAAAGAGUUCUUGUGUAGUAUUAAUGUGGUUGGGGCUUUGAAAUGUGUGUUAUUUGAGAGUGAAGCUCAACUUGAAGUUGUUGAUGAACAGGUGGAGCAGAUGACCGAGGUGUUGGAGGAUAUUCAGGUUGGUUUUUGGGGGAAUUGAGGGUUGAUUUUGGGGUUUGAAUUUUUUAUUUUAAAAUGGCAAAACUUUUAAAAAUCUUGCUAAUUAUACUUUGUUUCUAUAAACAAUAUCAACUGUUGCUAAAUUUAGGUGUUUUAGGCUAAAAAUUAAAAAAAUCUUGUUAUAAAGCUAUUUUUUGGUUUAUUUUGAGUAAAAUACGGGGUUUUUAACCAACGUACUUAUAUUUUUUCUCGAAAAGAACCAAGUUGUUUUAGGAAAACGCAUUAACAGCAUUGAGGAACCUUUACAGUGGACACAGAUUUGAUACAGCUGUACAACAACACAUUUUAACAGAGAAUGGAGCCGAGUUCUUUUUGCGAAAAUUGGUCGCCAUGAGGCCUGCUUUACUGCGAAAAACGUUGCUGGUAAGGGGUGAAGCCAAAUUUAGAAAAAAAAAUCGAAAAGUUGUUUUAAAAUUUGUUUUUAAAAAGGUGGUUGCAGGUUGAAAUUUUAAAGAUUUUUGAUAUGCUAGGAUAGGACAAGGUAGUAGGGUAGAGGUAGGUCUGUGAAAGAGGUUUUAGCGCUUUAAGUAUGGUGGGUUAAAUUAAGUUGAGAUUUAGUAGGGUAGGGCAACGGUAGGUUAUAGUUACAAGCAUUAUAGGGUAAGACUAGACAUGAGGAACGGGCUGGACUUGAGUGUUGGGCCCGGUCCGAUCUAAAUUUUGUUCAUCCCGUUCCUCAUAUCAUGGUAGCUACCUGAUGUAGGGUAAGGUAGAGUAUAGUAGACUAGGGUAUAGUAGGGUAGGGUAGGUUAGGGUAGGGUAGGGUAAGCUAGAGUAGGGUAGAGGAGAAUAGGAUAGAGUGGAGUAAAGUGUAACAAGGUAGAGCAAAGUAGAGUAUAGUAGGGCAGAGUAGAGUAAUAUACUGUAACAUACGAAACAAUUUUUCAAAAAUAAAAAAAAUUGAAAAAGCGAUUUCGAAUAUCGAUUCUUAGAUUAAUAAGAUUUUUUUAGAUUUUGGCUAAAACAGCAUCUCAACCGACCAAUUUGCCCAUUUUCCGUCAUACCCGAAUUACAGUAUCCGGACACGGAGAUGUUGGUGGAUUUGUGGACCGAAUUGCUUAUGUUUUGUUUGUCGCAGCUAGCAAGUCGGCUGAUGUAGGUUUAAUAUAUGUUAUAAAUCUGUAGCUACCUCUCUAAUGUUGUUGUAGGCUUUGGUUAAUGUAAAAUACAUAUUUCUUGGUUUAAAAUGACAUUUCUGUGGUAAAAUGUGAUUAUAAAUAUAAAAAAUUAGAAACAAUUAGGUUUAUUAAUCAUUUGUUACCUAAAACAUUCUCUUUUAGUCUCAAACAGUCGAGAACAUUAACCUGACCGAACUCCAACAUCUAUGUAUGUUAACAUUGGAUCGUCUGUGUGCUGAUCCCAACCUUCAUCGUCAAACCAUCCGAGCCUUCAAAUCCCUAGCCAAAGACUUUGACAAACUCGAAACCUUGCCACCAAUGUUGGCUCUACGACAAGAUAAGGCUAGCCGUCAAGGUGUAGCCGGUCAGGGAGGAAAGAAUAGAGGAUAUCAGUCUGUGCCAACUAAUUUAGAAGGAUCUGUGGCCCAAAACGAACUAUUGGCUAUGGAGAAUAUGGACAGAGGAGUGUUGGGGAUGGAUAACAUGUCUAAUGGAAUGAUAAACAUGGAUAAUAUGAGCCAUCUGACCAAUUUAAACCGAUUUGGAACGAAAAACCUGGGUCAAAAUGGUCACAAUGGAGCCCUAAGUUCAGCCCAGACUACCCUUUCUGAAUUUCCAAGUCCAGGCCAGACUAGUUUUUUCACUUCACCAACUUUAGUCCAGUCAGGAGCUCAAGGAAUGACAAGUUCCUCUCAUCUUUGUCUAAACCACCUCCAAAAUCACCCUUUCCCACCUUCCCAAAACAGCCCAACCCAAUUUCAACGAACCCCACUAGUCCAGCAAACUAGCCAAAUGUCAGUCCAUCAAUCUAACCUACAACAAUCAGCUAUUCUUCUUCUGAAUCGACUGAAAAUCGACCGAGAAAUCGCUGCGUUCUUUGCUUCGGACUACGAAACUUUGGACUGUCUGGAACACUGGUCCAGAUCAAAUUCACCCAUUGCUGAGCCAGCUCAACGUCUUCUGAAGCAAGUUAAGAAGAUGAAGUAUGAGAACUUGUACGAUCCAUUUGAUAGAAUGAAAUUAUCGACCAGAAGCCGGUCGAUUUCUCCAUUCGAAAAUAAUUUCCAGGAUUCUGGAUUUGAUGAAAAUACUGUAACAUCGCCGAAUUACUCGGAGAACAGCCCUAACUAUCGAUAUGGUAUGGAAUAUAUGGAGGGUGGAAUGGUUGGCUAUGGGCAGAAGUACAGUCCAGGCACUCCGGGCAGCACUUUUGUUAAUAUGGUAAGGUUUUUGUAGAGUUGAGUAUUGUUUAGCAGGGUAGGGCGUUAUAUAGUAGGAUUGGAGUAAGUGAGGGCAGGGUAAGGUAGGGUGGGGUAAUGUAGGAUAGGGCGGUUUAGGGUAUGGUAUGGUAGGGUAUUAUGUGGCAGGGUAGAACAUGGUAUAAUAGGCUAGAGAAUGGUAGGGUAUGCUAAGAUAGGGAAUGGUCGAAUAAGAUAAUGUAAUCUUUUGAAGAUUUUAGUACCAUAACGGUCAAAAAGUACAUAGACCUUACUGUUAUUGAUUACUAUCUUUAGGCCCAACCUUACAGUAUUCCUGAAAUGGACGACUAUCCUUUGGCCAGUGUUUUCUGUUCAAACUCGGAUGGACAAUCUGAUGAAAUGGCUCAUGUCUCAUUCACUCAUCAUGGUGAAAUGAGCCAGAAGAACUCGCCACUUUUAAUGCAAUUUAGUGAUUAA